GAUGCUCCGACUUCCGAGGAUUUUGAUUAAGUGAGGUUAUGUUGAAGUUGAAGAUAUCACAAUUUUUGAUAUUGGUCUGCUAAUAUUUUAUUUGUUCUUCUAAAAUGAUAAAAAUACCUCAUUAUAUCACGCUUUUCAAACAAAUUGGAACAUCAACACGACUGAACCAAUUAUCCAAUUCUCUAAAUGUUAGAGGACUUUGUGAUUCAAGAACUGGUAGCAUUGAUCACGACAUCAAACGACGUUUUUAUGAACCUGAAAUACUAGCAUUAGUGAAAAAAUUAACUCGGCCAGAUUUGCAGAAGGUAUUCAGGAAACGAAAACUUGGACUCAGAUUGGAGCCUCCUGAGUACAAGUUUAUGACUACCGAACAACUAGAGGAGGAACGCAGAAAGGCUGAUGCAAGAGCUGAAGAAAAAUUGCAAAUGCCGCCGGUUCUACCACCACGAAAAGAAAUUGAUGAAGUAAUAGCUGAAGAUUCCAAUUUAGCUGGAUUCGAAAGAUCAAACAUAGUAUUUACUGACAUUACUUUUGGAAAAAGUGAUGUGAAAAGAAUGAUUGUGAUCCGAGAGCCAAACGGCCGUUUGCGAAAAGCCAAUUGGGACGAGCGAUUCAGAAUCAACCAAGUCUAUUUUCCGAAAGAAGGCAGAAAGAUGAAUCCACCAACUCUGUUCAAACAUGAGAACUUGAUGAGGCUAUGCGAAGAGCAGCAAUAUGAAUUUUUGCUAGAUCUUGCUUGUGCCCAAUUCGAGCCUGAUGACCCAGAAUACUUGCGAAUCACCGAAGCAGUGUAUGACAAAAUAGACGAAGCACAGGCAUACGAAUCAAUGAGAUCGACAAGACAUUACGGUCCGUUCAUGUUUCAUCUAGUGACCAAUCGAUCAAUUGAUGACUUAUUGGUAGAAAACCUACAAACUGACAGGUUGGAAGAUGCGACCUGGGCGAUUUCCCUCUACCAUUUAUUACAUCCGGAAUCAAAAUCCAAAAGUACCAAGUUAGUUCCUGGUGGAGAAUUGCAGUUUAUCAAGCUUGGACAUGUUUUACUCAUCCGGUUCAACGUAGCUUACGUGUGA